GCUGUACUCUUCCUUCUCUUUCUCAUCAUCUGCUUGGUGACUGGGGUUGGGAACAUCCUCAUUGUUGUGCUGGUGGGGACAGAGCAGCACCUGCACACUCCCACAGCCACAUACUUCUUCCUGGGCAAUCUCUCCUCCUUGGAGACUUUCUACAGCUCCACCACCCUGCCCUGCCUACUGGCCAGCUUCCUGACUGGGGACAGGACCAUCUCUGCUCAUGCCUGUGUGGCUCAGUUCUAAUUCUUUGCUGCUUUUGCAACGACCAAGUGUUACUUGCUGAUAGCCAUGUCCUAUGAGUGGUACUUAGCCAUAUGCCAACCCUUGCUUUACAUAAGCCUCAUGACCUGGAAGGUCUGUCUACAGCUGGCGGCUGGUUCUUGGCUGCUGGGAUUGAUGAUUUCUACUAUACUGACUUCUCUCCUGCCCCAGUUACAGUUCUGUGUCCCCAAGAUGAUCAACCACUUCUUUGGUGACUUUGCCUCACUGCUGGAGCUUGCCUGCAGUGACACCAGCAUGGCCAUGCUUGCUGCUCUCUUUGGCUUUUCAAAUGUAAUCUUCCUCUUCCUACUCACGCUGGUGUCCUAUAUGUGCAUCAUAGCUGCCAUCCUGAGGAUCCUAUCCAACACAGGAAAGCAGAAGGCUUUCACCUGCUCCUCUCACCUCACCAACAUCACUGUUUUCUACGGCUUCCUCUUUGCUGUCCUUGUCCUGCCCAGAACAGCCCCAGUGCAGCAGCUCAGCAAAGUGUUCUUCUUCUUCUACACUGUCAUUACACCUCCGGUCAAUCCCCUCAUCUACAGCCUGAGGAAAAGGGAGGUCAGGGAGGCCCUGAGGAAAGGACUCAGGGAAGCCCUGGCCUUCACCCAGACUCUGUAG